AUGGCGCGGUUAGUCAGGUUCGCGGAAGUUGGACAACAAGAAAAUCUACCAGGGUUGAUAGAGUCUUACAACUCGACUUCGCUCGUCCGAUGCUAUAAUUACCCUCCAUCGUGGGUUGCUCUUCUCUCCAGAAACUCUUCAAAAUGGGACACGGAACUCGGGAAUUUUUGCGGAGCGGAUGGCUACGAUAAGAACUUGACGGAUCUGCUGGCUGAGAAAAUAACAACAGUAAUUUCAUCAAGCACAGCAACAUCUUUAGAAAUGUCUGGUUUUUGUCCAUGCCGAUUAUCUGAAAAGUGCCUAGGGUUGUUCACCGACGUUAUUUGUACAACAAUUGAGGAAACGCCGAAGAUUUAUGUGAUAAGUAUUUGUUCCAAGAAUGAUUGGAGUCCGCCGAAGUUUCCAAAACUCUCAAAGUCAACGACUACUUCCAAACGUAGCUUGACAGCAACCACACCCAUCUCAGUAUACCCUAAAUGUACACAAUUUAUUGAUGCAACUUCCUCUUCACGUCAGCAAAGUGUGGUUGUGAGUUCAAUCACCGCAAUUAGCACAAGAGAUGAAACGACCUCUUUGAAUGAGAAAAAAUUCCCAAGCAUACUUUCUAUAUCGCCGACCGAUAGCAUCCUCUCUAGCAAGAGAACUGAUUUAGGUAUUGAAAGGAAAUCAACAAGUGCUAUAAAUGAAACGCCUUCAUUAGGCACUUCGACUGAAAGUUUUGAGAGCGAUUCAGCUCCUAAAACGGAAUCAAUUUGGUCAGACAGAGAUUUCUCCACUUCAAAUAGUGAGAUAUUGAGCGAUGUUACACAGUUCCCAGCCAUCGACGCAAGUGAUUCUAAGCACAGAGGGAAGAGUGAAACAAUUUUUGGCACAUUGAAUAUCCAAACGACAUUGAAGAGGGGGUCCGGAGCGAUCACGACAGUGUUGGAGAGCAGAUAUGCCUACACCACUAUUCCCCUUUUUGAUGUGGAAGAUGAAACCACCUCUAAAGUUGAAGCAAGUAGCACGACAGGGGACUCUUCGGAGUCGUCAAAGGAGAUUACUGAGGAGGAAGAAGGGAACUUAACAUCGGAAACAAUUUUUGAGGAACACCCACCGGCAACUGAGAAGUUUGAGGAAAAAGAAGAGGAGAAACAGAGCCCAGCAAUGACGAGUACGCUGACAACAAAGGAGAAUCGUCAUGUAACACGUGCUUCUUCUUCUGAUUCCACAAAAAAAGAAGCCACUAAACCCUCAACUUCGGAAGUCUCUAGUCAAGUGGAACUGUUUGACAAAACUUUAUCUCCAAGAGUAGACUCUAUAUGGACAGAGAUUAGCGAUUUUGCCUUGUCAAUAAAUCAUGCGCAUACAAGUACACUGGAGGACGCUGACUCAAAGAAGGGUUCAACUCCCUACAACUCAGGGGAUAUGACGACUGCAAUACCCACCUCACUGCAUGAAAAACAAAAGAUAAGCACUGAAUCUGCUACUCCAAUUGCUGGUCAGAACACCGAAGGCACAAGCGCAGCGGAGAGCCGAAGUUUCUAUCCUCAAGCGACAUCGAUAUUACAGGAACCUUUAGAGGAUGUUACCAGCUCAGGCAGAAGUGAAUACUUGAAGUCCGAAGCAACACUGACGUUAAAAGGGUAUACUCAUAAUCCUGUGAUUGGCAGCAAGGAAGUGUCUGUCGAUUCACAUGCGAGUGAGACGGAGUCUUCAAAUUACGAAGAAACGGCUACGACAAAACUCGAAGGAGAAAAAAGUCGUACAAAACGUACGGAUCUAAUUACUAAGACUUCAAAAUCUAAGUUCGAGUCAACAACAUCUUCUCAUUCACUCGCACAAACCCUUUUUACACCUGAAGUUUCGGUGGAGAGCAUUUAUUCAACGACUGGCAUAACGGACAAAAGACAAAAAACUAAAAUUUCAACCAUAGGAGAGGUAAGAAGCAAUCCAACAAGAGCAGCGGAUGUAAACAGCAAACUUCUAAGCUCUAAAUCACAAGGGCCUACAUCCUCCUCCUUCCAACAAAAUUCGAUAAUACCUUCCGCAUCAGAAUUUUCGAGAGGACAUAGUUAUUUGGUAGCUAUAAUCACUCCAGCAAACGCUGAUUUUGCUUCGUCGGUUACGGAAGAAGUCAGUGGAAGUAGCGCUACAGACUUCUCGUCUAGGCUCAUCGAAGAAAACAUUGGUACAUCUACAAAGCAUGUAAUCGGCAAAAGCCUAUUAUCCAUUUCCAAAGAGCCAUCGUUCUACCGCACAUUAGGAACAGCUUCUCCUGAGAUCGAAACCUCCAGGGUAUCUACUCGCUUCAAGGCUACAACAACAAACAGAAAAACCAGUAUAGAAAUGCUUGAGCCCAGCACAUCUGAGUAUCGAAAAACUUCAACGUCCGGCAUAUCAGACGAAUCUGAUGAUGUGGCUUACAUAUCGAACACUGUAAGUACGGCUAGCUCUCAAAUGGUUCGCUCAACAACUCCAACACUCAAGUCAAUAUUGUUUAACAAAUCCAAUUCUGCACAAAGCGGCUCAUUUUCAGUGACGAAAAUACCUGCCAGUUCAUCUUUGCCUAGCGCCUAUACGACCAAUGGAAUGUCAACUUCCUCAGCGGAAGAAAUUGCAGCUUCAAGCAUAGGAACUAAAGUAGUAUCACCUACGACCGAUUCCAAGGAGCUGGACAGGAAGAACCCGGACAUAACCGCCUACACAACGGAGUUGAUGUCAUCAAGAUUGCUCAAUUCGAGGCUUUCGAGCGAAUUCUAUUCAAGUGACACAAGCAAAGCGAACGAUCUUGCUUCUUCUUCUCAGAUACAAGAAGAUACGACUUCUGCUUCCAGUUCAAUGGGAACAACCAACUUUAUCUCAACAGGGGCCUUCUCAACAGAUGACAAACAUUCUACAUCGAUGCCCUUCACAAGCACCAUCACUUCUGGCCUUAAUUCAACAAGACUGUCAGAAAGGCCUAGUUUUCUCAUCACAGCACUACUUUGGCUUUCAACUGCAUAUUUGAAAACUGAAAGUGAUUACAACGCAUCUUCUUAUUCUGCGACUAACUAUUCAACAACAGCCAGAGGACGUACAUACUUUACGCCUUCUACAGCAGAAAUCGCUAUUCCAGUCUCUACCGAGGAGACAAGCCGUUCCUUCUUACAGGAACUAUUUACGAGCGGACUAAAUACAAUAUCCCAACUCCUGCAAAGCUCAUCGAACUUAUCGCGAAAGCUUCAGACAACCACAGUAGUGUUGAAAAGUAGUAACUACCCCACGGAACGCUUCGUACAAGUUGAUAAUCAAUCUCGGUUAACAUCCUCAAAGAUGGCAGGAACUUCGACUUUUCCAACUCUUCCACACAGCAAGCCAACACAUUUGAUUAAAGAUACAACCACGGAAAGGUGGACUACUGAAAUAGCGCAAAGAGAUCGAUGUGCAUCUCCAUGUCCUUCUGACUACGAAGAAGGAAAAGUGUUCUGUUAUAAAGUCCUUCAUGCGAAAAAGUCGGUAACGUACAGAAGGGUGUGCCAACAUAAUGUAGUCAAAAACAACGACACAGUAAAUUCAAACAAUAGUCAGCUAAUCUCAAUAGAGUCAGUGUCUUCUUCGGACCAAGAGCUGAAUAAAUCAGAAGUAGGAGACACCACAUCACAGUCUGGCAUAUCUUACUAUCUUCCAGAAUUGGAUCCCACUUUUGAAGGCCAGCGAGCCUACGGGCGGAGGCUAGCUGACUAUAUCCCCACUAAAACGUGUGAAACUCUGGAAGGACAGCAAAACAUACGCAUGACUAAAACUGAAAGAACUGUCAUCAAUGCUUAUAUGUGA